UUGUGUGUGUGCGCGUGCGCCUGGAGGUAGUUAUCUCCACACUUGUAUAUACUUCAAUUCCGAUACUUAUUCCACCUUGAGGGUUUUGAAACGACAUUACCGUCUCUGUAAUAGUGAAAGCAUUUUGCAGUUCGCCGAGUACUUCAUGGUGGCGUGGUGGUGGUGGUGAAAGGGUUAAAUUUAAAUGAGCUUGCCGAGCCUCUCUGUAUCACCGCGUGCUAGUCCAGCCCAUUGACGCGCUGAGUUUUUGACGUGGAAGCUAGCAUUGCGGGUAGCCACACAGCGACCUUUCAGCAGCCUACACCAUCUGUCGUCUCGUCGGCUGCAGCUAUCACUGUGCUCCGCUCCCCGUGUCUCCAAAACAUGGCUGCCCUCAAAGCCUUGUGCAGAGCGGAGAAUUUAUUCUUCAAAAAUCUCUCAGGUCCCUGCAGAACCAAAUUAAAUGGGGCAAAUCUCCAAUUGAGCAAGUCCUGCGGCUGCUACUUUUCUACCUCCAGCCAAAGAAGUUCACGCUUCUACUCGGAUCCCACAGAGGCAGUCAAAGAUAUCCCAAGUGGAGCUACCAUUCUUGUAGGAGGCUUUGGAUUAUGUGGAAUCCCAGAGAAUCUCAUCAACAGUUUACUGAAGACCGGCGUUAACGGUCUCACGGCCGUCAGCAACAAUGCAGGAGUGGAUAACUUUGGCCUGGGCCUGCUGCUGAAGACUAAGCAGAUCAAGAGGAUGAUCUCUUCCUACGUCGGGGAGAAUGCAGAGUUUGAGCGACAGUAUCUGACCGGGGAGUUGGAAGUGGAACUGACGCCACAGGGAACUCUUGCAGAGAGGAUCAGGGCCGGGGGUGCUGGGGUUCCAGCCUUCUUCACAGCCACUGGCUACGGCACACUGAUCCAAGAGGGAGGCUCUCCUAUUAAGUACAACAAAGAUGGCAGCAUUGCCAUCGCCAGUGAGAAGAGAGAGGUGCGGGAGUUCAAUGGCAGGCACUACAUCAUGGAAAAGGCCAUAACUGGAGACUUCGCACUGGUCAAGGCGUGGAAAGCUGACAAGGCUGGAAAUAUUAUUUUCAGGAAAACAGCCAGGAACUUCAACCAGCCCAUGUGCAAGGCAGCCAAAACCACCAUAGUUGAGGUGGAGGAGGUGGUGGAUGUCGGGACCUUUGCCGAAGAGGACAUCCACAUACCCAGCAUCUACGUCCACAGGGUGGUCCAGGGAGCCAGCUACGAAAAAAGGAUCGAGAAACGCACGGUAAAGAAAAGCCAAGAAGACAAGCCCAAAUCGAAGAAGGACUCGGAUAUUGUUCGGGAAAGGAUCAUUCGCCGGGCUGCUCUGGAGUUUGAGGAUAGGAUGUAUGCCAACCUCGGUAUCGGUAUCCCCAUGCUGGCCAGCAACUUCAUAAAACCAGACAUCACCGUAAACCUCCAAAGUGAAAAUGGAAUUUUGGGACUGGGCCCGUACCCCACUGAGGAUGCAGUGGAUGCAGACCUGAUUAAUGCUGGGAAGGAGACUGUCACGGUGCUCCCGGGAGCUGCCUAUUUCUCCAGUGAUGAGUCAUUUGCCAUGAUCCGAGGCGGUCACAUCAACCUGACAAUGUUGGGAGCCAUGCAGGUGUCCAAACAUGGAGACCUGGCCAACUGGAUGAUCCCAGGUAAGAUGGUGAAGGGAAUGGGAGGAGCCAUGGAUUUGGUGGCUAGCGCUGGAACCAAGGUGGUGGUCACAAUGGAGCACUCGGCUAAGGGAGGAAAACACAAAAUAUUGGACAAAUGCAACCUGCCUUUAACUGGAAAGCAGUGUGUGGAUCGAAUCAUCACAGAGAAGGCCGUGUUUGAUGUGGAUAAGACAAAAGGCCUGACUCUGAUAGAAGUAUGGGAGGGGCUCACUCCUGAGGAUAUCAAAGCAUGCACUGGCACCGAUUUUGAAGUGUCUCCCAACCUGAGGUCCAUGCAGCAAAUCUAAAAGGGGGUGGCAAUGGAUCUGUGUUUUUGGUUUGUGUGACACUCGAUUUUUUUCUCUCUGUGGUAAACAGCUGGUGAUUAAGCAGCCUGAGACGGGUCAAAUAUGCUUGUUAACAGAACAGUUUGGUUCAGUUCCCUGGUAAUCAGCAUCCAAAUAUAUCAGAAAGGUGUAGUCCUCGCUAAUAUUAACUUGGGAACCACAGGAGCCAACAUGCAUGGUUCUCUUUAAGGAUCUGGUCUGGCAAACGGUUGGGGAACAUUACGUUGUUGCCUAUUACACCGUUAAGUUAAGCAUCUUUGACUAAUAUUUGUGCAGCUAUUACCAAAUAAGCCACAUGAAAGUGUCGUGGAAAACAGGGAAUACUCUCCAAAUGUUCUGUAAGAAGAAUGCAACGUCACUAGCACUGUGAACAAAAAUAAUACAAUCAUUUAAUAAUACUAUUUAAAGUGUAUCAACAAAAAGGGAUGUAGAGAGCUGAAAUGUGAUGAAUUUAGAAAACAAAUGUGUGCUGUUGAGGUGAUUCUUCAUUCAGCAUAGAUGUUUGUAUUGUAGUUGUGGAAAGGUUGUGAUACACCAAAUUACAAAAAUGUCCUUGGAUUAUACAUCUAAUGUAAGAUAUAUUUUGUGAGAUGUAAUAAUAAGGAUCCGACUGAAACAUGUUUAACAAUAAUCAUUGCCACAAUGUAAAACCCUUUUUGUUUCUCAGCUUCGUAUUUCUUAGAUUUGCUCUCCACUUGCAUUUGUAUAUAAAAAUCCAAUACAACCUUGUUUGCUGGGUGAAAGAAAGAAAAUGCUUUUUUUGUUUCUUCUCUCUAAAUCUUCUGAUUUCUGAUUUAAAAAGUAUUAAAAAUAUACCAACAGUUGACUUGUUUCUUAAAAUGAUUCAUCAAAUCACACAAUGAUUGAAAGCAAAUGGCUUUGAGAGUGAUGGCUUCUGACACUCCACAGGUUAGAGCUUUCUAUAUGUGGAGGGUGCGCUUGCAUUGACAUUCUUGAUGUGAUUUCUCCACUCGAGAAGAGAGGUGCUGCCAUUACCUGAGGGCUGUUACAUAACUGGGGAAUUCAGCCAGUGGGCUUUUGGGUUCAAGAAGAUCAACUGGAUUGGGUCAUCAAGCAGAAAAAUUAAAGAAAGUGACAGCGGCUUUUGCCACCGGCUGUUAAUGUAAAUCCAGAACAUCCCUUCAUGAGUCAAACGUGAGUGGUACCCUGUAAGCCUACAUUUAGUAACCUAUUUCUCAUGCGGGUACUGGAAUGCUAUGAAAAGGGAAUACGGGAAACAUGAAAGGCUUUUACUCAAACCAAUAUGUUUGAACAUGAGCAGUGCAGCAAAAACAUUUACAAAUUACAAAUGAUCAACCCUGCCUCCUAUAUGUCACCUCACCUCAGACAUGAAUGCAGAAACCAUGUGGGAAAACAUUGCUUGGAAGGGCUGUAGAGGGACACAGGUUUGAAAUGGCUCCCAUGGGUAUACAUGAUAAAAAAGAAUCUGCAGUUGUUGGUAGAUUCUCCAACUUUAUACCAUUGUGACCCAGUUUGUUGAAUGACUCACGAUAAAUUGGCCAGCCAGCUGAUUGCCAACACAGUGAAUGUCAGUUAGUCAUUAUCACUGCCAUAUUAAUUGCAGUGAUAAUUAAUCCCUGCCAUAUGACUCUCUUGUCAGCCAAGUGCAUGACCUCAGACGUGCUUCUAGGUCAAUUGGGAAUUCGCUUUCAAUCCCAGUAUUUAGCGCUAACAUUAAUUUCAGCCAGUACUUUACAUAUAUAUAUUUUUGUAGAGAAGUAAUGAGAUAAUGGACAUCUCUAAUAAUGUCCUACUGAGGAUAUACCUGCAUAUUAUACCAGAACAAAUACCACUGCUCCUUAAUAGGCUUGUAUGAUCAGAUUAAAAUAUUUCGUGUGUGUUUGAAAUGCUCAAAAUCUAUUCAAGUGCACAACUUAAUUGUCCCACUAUGUUUAACAUGCAGCCACCGGUUGGUGUUCUGCCGCCAUGCGAUAAAACAUGUAUAAGAAAAUGCGUGGAUUUUGGUCUAGUAUCGUUUAGAGAAAAGAACACUGACAACUGGAAUUAUUAAUGGGCUGCUGUUUUUGUCGGAUUAUGUGACUGUAAAACUGAAACGUGUAACAGUGUUAUUGCUGCGUACAAGCUGUUGCCAUAUUUGGAUCGAUCCAACAAACCCCAUUUUCGUAAUUGUGGCAUCCGCCGAUGUGUACUGCUCAAGGGUGUGUGGACUGUCUCUCUGUCGCGCUGGUGUGUGUGUGUGUGUGUGUGUGUGUGUGCGUGUGUGUGCGCGUGCGUGUAUGUAUG